AUGUUGUCAGGCAAGGAGAAUACCAGCGAGAUUUGGAAAAAGACAGUCAAAGCGCUGAAGGAUGUUAAGUCGAGUAACGUGUCGCACCUUCAAAAAGAAUUCCUCUCUUACUGUCGACAGUUUCGCACUUAUGGCUCAACGUUUUUCAUUGCUGAAGUCUACAUGUCGCAGCGUUUCACCCGUAAACCGUACUCUUCUGAUCAAUCAGAAUUAUUUAUUAUGCGGGAAAGGGAGUUGUUUUGGCCAUCGGAUUUCAAAACAAACAUUGAUAGACGGCUUUGCGCUCAUGUCAAGCACUAUAAGCCAGCGGCUGAUGUCAAGGGAUUAAAUUGUAGUUGGUUGAACAUAUAA